AUGGGUUCCAUUAAUAUAGUAUCUACCACCUUUUCUGCUCUAACAACCUUAUUGCUACUUCUUUCGAGCUUUGGUGUUGAAGCUCAACUGUCACCUAGUAGUUUCUACAGCGGAACGUGUCCUAACGCGCUCACCACCAUCCGUACGGUGGUCCGAUCAGCCAUAUCCCGUGAACGUAGGAUGGCGGCGUCAUUGAUCCGGCUUCAUUUCCACGAUUGCUUUGUUCAGGGAUGUGACGGAUCAAUAUUGCUGGAUCAAACCGAUACAAUUCAGAGCGAGAAGACUUCGUUGGCGAACAAAAACUCAGCCAGAGGUUAUAACGUUAUAGAAGACGCUAAGCGCGAGGUCGAGAAAAUCUGCCCCAGUGUCGUUUCUUGUGCUGACAUUCUCGCCGUUGCGGCCCGAGAUUCAUCCGCUGCGGUUGGCGGUCCAUCAUGGGAUGUGAAGCUAGGAAGAAGGGAUUCAACGACGGCGAGCCGGUCUCUCGCCGAUGCUAAUCUCCCAAGUCCGUUCUCCGAUCUUCCGACUCUUAUUUCCAAUUUCUCUUCAAAAGGUUUCAACGCUAGAGAGAUGGUGGCAUUAUCAGGAGCUCACACAUUAGGACAAGCGCAAUGUUUCACUUUCCGUCAAAGGAUUUACAGCAACGGCACCGAUAUCGAUCCUGGAUUCGCCAGCACCCGCAAAAGGACUUGCCCAAACACCGGCGGAGACAGCAACUUGGCCCCGCUUGAUUUGGUGACCCCGAAUUCGUUCGAUAACAACUACUUCAAAAACUUGCAGCAAAAGAAAGGUCUUCUCAUUUCAGACCAAGUUUUGUUCAGUGGAGGCACCACUGACAGCCACGUCGACGGAUACGCCGCAAACCCUAAAUCAUUUUCCGACGACUUUGCCGCGGCCAUGAUCAAGAUGGGAAAUAUUUCACCCCUGACGGGACAGAACGGGAUUAUAAGGAAGAUCUGCAGCGCCGUCAGCUAA